AUGUCAUUUGAUGGUAUUAUAGCUACACCUAUAACAGAAAACGCUUCAAUAAAUCGUGUUAUAAUAAUUGCUUCAUGUCAAGCAAAUAAAAAUGUUUUUGAAUCAAAUCUAUCUUAUUGUGAACAUCAACAAAGUACUUAUUACUCAUCAAACGGUUUUUCUAUUCUUCAUUCUUCGCCACGGUUUCCUUCUAGUGAAAUUCUAGACAAGAAAAAAUCUUUACCCUUUCAUUAUUCGAAUGCUGUUCUUUCUACUAUUGAUCAAUUAUCACCUACUAGCAGUAAUAUUAUCCCAUUAAUGUCAUCAUCAUCAUCAUCAUCAGAUAAAAAUCUUAUCCAUAUCGAUCAUAAUGAUAAUAUGAUAUCGACAACAAUUAAUUCUUUAACAACAAGUUCAUUUUCUAAUAUGAGUCUAUCACAUACAUCAUUACUAACAACACAACAAGAAAGUAAAACAUUAAAUAUUAUACUACUUAUUGGAUGUAUAAUUGCUGGAAUUAUUAGUAUGAUUAUUAUUUAUAUAAUAUUUAAAUAUUGUUGUAAUCGUGAUAAAGGUUCAUAUAAAAUUGAUGAAAGUAAAAAUUUUACUACAAAAUCUCAUUUGGAUAAUACUGAUGCUAGUGGUUGUACUGGUAAAAUCUUAUUAUCAAAUCAUCAUCGACAAAACUUAUUAACAACAAAUGAAGAAAAUAUAAUUGAUUCGAAAGAAUGGUAUGUGUAA